AUUAGUUGUUAUGGAAGUUUCCUAUCUAAGAAGUAUUAAUAUUAAUCUAUGCCCAAUUGAUUUGUUUAUGGUUCUGUGUUUAUUUUUAUUAUCUUGGCAUCUUUUAAAACAUCAACCGCGAAUCAAACCUUUUAAAAAUGUCCAUAAAUGAGCCAAAAGACGGUAAAGUUGAUGUUGGUUUAAAGAGUUCGACUCAAAAAUCAUCUUCAGAUAAGGCAAUUGACAAAGAAAAUGGCAGAUCUGAAAGCACAGAAAUAUCUCAAAGCUCUGACCGCAGGUCAUCAGAAGAUUCAGGCUCAGGCCUAAACUUCUCUGGUCUUCAGCGUUAUUUAACAGAAAAAUUGGGCUUCUUAGGACUAGAUGAUGACGAGGCAGAGUCCAGUUCUCACAAGGUCUUGAAUGAUGUUAGUUUGGAUGGAAUUGUUGAUUAUAUUCAGAAAAAUGGCUGUAAGAAUAUUAUUACUAUGGCAGGGGCUGGAAUUUCAACCUCUGCUGGAAUUCCAGAUUUCCGCUCAGUUGGAACCGGUUUAUACCAUAAUCUACAAAAAUACAACCUACCCCAUCCUCAAGCCAUUUUUGAGUUGGAUUUUUUUAACGAAAAUCCAAAACCCUUUUUUGUUCUGGCUAAAGAGUUAUAUCCAGGCACAUUCAAGCCCACUUUGUGCCACUAUUUCAUCAAAUUGCUAAAUGAUAAGGGGAUGUUGUUAAGGCAUUAUACACAAAAUAUAGACACUUUGGAAAGAGUGGCUGGAAUUCCUGAGGAAAAAUUAGUUGAGGCUCAUGGAACUUUCUAUACCGGACAUUGUUUGGCUUGUAGGGAAAAGUAUACAUUGGAAUGGAUGAAAGAGAGAAUAUUUAAAGAUGAAAUCCCAAUAUGCGAGAAAUGUCCUGGCGUUGUGAAACCAGAUAUCGUAUUUUUUGGAGAAAAUCUACCAGAAAAAUUUCAUCAUUCUAUUGACGCGGAUUUCCAUAAAUGUGACUUGCUAAUUAUUUUAGGUUCUUCUUUGGUGGUGCAUCCGUUUGCUGGACUUGUGGAUAUGCCUCCCUCAAGAACCCCACGACUAUUAAUAAAUAGAGAAAAAGCCGGCCAUAGAACAGGCAUCAUGGCAAUGAUGGGUAUAAGCGGCGGCUUAGAAUUCGACAAAAAGGGGAAUUCAAGAGAUGUUGCUUGGUUAGGAGACUGUGAUGAUGGAUGUCAAUUGUUAGCAGAUAAACUAGGGUGGGGAGACGAGUUGAAAGAGCUACUUAAGCAAGAGCAUGAAAAAAUCGACAAAGCAAACGAAGCUAAAAAUAUAGAGGUACCUGAACAACCGAAAAUAUAAGAAUACGUUAUUAGGAAUAAUGAAAUUUAAAAUAAAAUUCUAUAGUGAAUAAUUUUAGGAGUUAUGUGAUAUUACUGCUGGUUACAUAAUGCUUAUUAUACAAGGUGUUUCGGGAGGGAAGGGAAAGGAAAUAUUUUGAGAACAUGUUCAGAAGGUCAAAAUAAGAUAAAUUAACCCAUAUGUUUUAAUCCGAUUCUGAACCGUUUCUAAACUAAUCGGUCUGAAGUAUUUUUGUAAAAUUUUUUAUUUUAAAAGCAACACAAAUACUAGUAAAAAAACAAAAUUCCACUAAUUUAAAAUGUUUUCGAAAAUGCCCCCACCAACUUCAAGGCAAGCUGCAGCACGUUUGUUAAGCGCUCGUGUUGCACGUUUAAUUGCUUGGGGAUUGUUUUUAAUAAUAUUUGAAGUAUUCAAAAUUUGAUUGUGAAGUCCUUCUACGGUUUCUACUGGUGUUUCGUACACUAGAGCUUUCAUCCACCCCCCAGAGGCAAUAAUCCAGUAGAUUUAAAUCUGGUGACCGCGGUGGCCAAACUUAAGGUGCUCCUUUGCCAAUCCAACGAUCAGGAAAACGAUUCUCUAAGAAAUUACGCACUCGGCGACUAAAAUGAGGAGGGGCUCCAUCGUGUUGAAAAUACGUUCGGUGUCGAAAAAUUAGCGGAACAUCAUCCAACAUGUGUGUUAAAUGGUCUUCCAAAAAGCGUAAAUAUUCUUCUCCAGUAAGACGCUCAUCUAAUACAAAAGGACCAAACAACUGGUCUUUCACCAUUCCACACUACACGUUAACACUGAAUCGAUGUUGAAAGUUUCGUUCAAACGUGGCAUUUUCAUCUGACCACCGAUGUUCAUUGUGUCCUCGCGUUAAUCCGCCUCGUACUAACAACCGGGUUCUCUUCAGCCAUAUCCAGAAUAUUUUCUUGAUUUUCCACAUUUUGUCCCGCCUCUUGUUCAGAAUUAAUUCUUACGCUUGGAAACAUUCCUGUUUCCUAAGCAUUUGUAAAAACUGUCUGAAAAACUUUUCGAUUAGGAAUUCUUCGAUUUGGAAAACGACGAUGGUAUUCAUCAACAGCACUUGUAUGUACUAUAUUAACUAAUCAUACACGAAUAUCAUGUCAGCAUACUCCCUAUGGGGGAAUGUGUGAAGCAUUACGUAAUGGAAACUUUGCUCUUUUCAAAUUGAAACGCUCAGAAUUAAAUUGACAACCAUGUUUGUGAAAACUACCAGUCAAUUAAAAUAGGUAUGAACAAACAAUGAUGAAAUACCUGCAACGAGAGUUAAAAAUGCAGAGAACGUAAUUAUUCCAAAAAUUUACAAAAAAAAAACUUUAGAGCCGAUUAUUUCAAAAACGGUUAAGAAUCGGAUUAAAACAUAUGAGUUAAUUUAUCUUAUUUUGACCUUCUGAAUAUGUUCCCAAAAUAUUUCCCUUUCCUCCCGAAAUACCCUGAAUGUUUGAUUAUUAUAGCAACAAAAAAUAAGUGUUACUUAGAAACACAUUUCAGGUUAUGGAGUUGUAAUGGAUAAUUAGUCCAAUGGAUAAUCAGUCCUAGAUGAUUGUAAAUAAAUUUUAUUUUAUGUUUGAA